AUGGCCAGCUGUAAUCUGCUCAGCUACGACCUGUCGCUCAUCUUUGCUCGCCUGCACGAGCGCGUUCAGGAGCUGGACCUGAGCGGCAAUCGCCUGGAACACCUCUCGGCGGAGCACUUUGCCCAGUUUGGCGAACUUCGAUCGCUGAAUCUUUCUGGAAAUCAAAUAGUUCCCUGGACCAACGGUUCCAUCUUUGCCGGCAAUGGAGAGCUGGUCGAGCUUGACCUGCGCAGCAACCGCUUGCAGACGCUCAGCUCCUCGAUGAUGGAGGAUCUCUACCGAAUGUCCAACCUCAGUUUUGGCGGCAAUCCACUGGACUGUGACUGCAGCUCGGAAGUGCUCGUCGGCGGCUGGCUCGCCUCGACGCUGGAAAAGCCCAUUCUGUACAUGGACUCGGCGAAUCCUCUGCACUCCCGAGAGCAGUACUACUGUGUCCUGGGAGAGGAGGAAGAUGAAGAAGAAUUUAGUAAUGGUGAUAAAAGCAAAACAAACAUGGCCUUUGUCUACUACGGCGAGCUCAAUCAGCUUAUUGCGACGUACUUUUGGAGUAGGAGUGCAGCUCGGGGAGAUGAAGAUGAAGACGGCUCCAAGUACGAGUACGACGCUUUUGUCAGCUACAACGUCGCCGACUCGGAGUGGAUCUUCAGCGAGCUGGUGCCAAACAUUGAGCGUAGUAGCUCCAAUGGAACUUCUUCCUCAUCAUCAAAUGGAAACUCUAGCGGAUGUCAGCGAGUGCGCCUGUGCGUCUACGAUCGUGACUUUAUCGCCGGUCGGCCGAUCAGCGAGUGCAUCCUCGAGUCGAUUCGCGUCUCACGACGCGUCAUUCUCGUCAUCUCCAAUGCCUUCAUCCGCAGCCCCUGGUGCCGCUACGAGACCGACCUGGCCGUUCACCACAGUUCGCUGAAUCUGCGCGGACGAACCGACGGGCUGGUGCUGAUCAAGCUGGAGCAGCUGGAGCCGGGGCUGUCGGUACCUCUGCAGCUUGAUUACCUGCUGAAGACGCGCAUCUACCUGCAGUGGGACGCCGCCGCCGGACGAGAGGAGCGGCAGAAGUUCUGGAGCAAGCUAAAGAUUGCACUGGGCAUUGAGCAAAAAGUGGGAGAAAGUGCACGGGAAGCGGACAAACAGUCUCCCCAAACAAAAGUCUCAAAGUUGAAGCGCUUUAGAGCUAAACUAUCCCAGCUGAUGGACGAUCUCUUUUCCAACUGGCUUGAUUUGGAGUUGGCAAAGUUGCCUAAAGUAGAGCAAAAAGUGGAGGUGCCAGAAAAAAGAGUUCCUGAAAAAGUGGCAUUUGACGAACUUCGCAGCACUGGUACUAGAAUCAAGUUCAAGGGAAGGCGGAAAGAUCUUUGGAGGCUGAACAAUGCUGAAGGUGCUACACUGGCAAUUGAAAGUGGUGGUCAG